AUGAGCGAUCCCAAUCCGGUACCAAGAAUCCCUCCAAGACCAACUUCGAGACAAUCUAGUAAACCAAAACUUGCUAACAACUUAACGAGCGGAGAAGUAGAGCAGGUGGAUACAAGCAAGGUACUCCCAGUUCCUACCGAAACGAGUACAUUACCUGGUAGUCAAUUGCUGCCAAAUAAUGAUAUGGAUGCCUUAGAUAGAACGCAUUCAACUCUGGCCAAGCAAGGGGAAAAUCCAGACUCUCCAAGCCAAGAAGCACCUGAGUUGAGCAGUUUCAGCAAUCCAACUGGAUUUGAUAGAGAAAGUACCGAUAAUCAAAUAGAAUAUGAAAAUGAUCUUCUUGAAACUGAUGAGACCGAAACAGAUAUCGUGAAGGAAGAAAAAGAAAAAGAAAAAGAAGAAGAAGUUGAAGAAAGGGAAGAAGAACCAGAGGAAGAAAGAGAAGGAGUAAAGACGAGCGCUACAAAUUUAUACGAAGUUCCUGCUAAUCGUUCGACCUCAACAUUAACCUCUAGUCACACGAAAGAUACAAAUAAUGAUAAGGACGAAAGCAAGAAAGCUAAGGCAGAAAUAGUUUCCAAUUACGACGAGUCAAUUGUGCCACCUAAAAGCCCAUCUCAAUUGAUUGAUGCCAAUUUGACUCAAUCUGCAAACAUGCCUAUUAUACCAAGAAGACCACAGAAGAGAAGCUCUUCUCUGUUUAACAAGAACUCAUUGGCUCUGGAGUCAUCAACAAAAUCUUCACAGGAAAACCUUAUGCUGACUUUGACUAAGGAAAAUGCUAUUACUGACAAUAGUAAAGACACAGAGCCAGACUCGAACAUUGUAACUUCAGCUCAAGAUGCAAAGGACAACGAAAAACAAAUUUCAGAUGAUGAAGUAUUAGAACCCGAAUUUCAAAGUAACGACCUUGUUGCUCCAAGAACUCUGAUCCAGCUGGGACCUCUAAAGGACUCUGAACAACAAAAUAUCGCUAGGGCUGUUGUUGAUAAUGUUAAUAAUGUUGAUAAUGUUGACGAUGAUGACGAUGAAGAAGAAGAGGAAAAUGAAAAGCCCAUUUUAACUAGCAUUACCCAAACCUCUUUCCCCAGCAAGAUCCAGGAGGAGAUCGACAGCCCCGUACCUAAAGAAAAUGAACUCGGCGAAGUGGAUAAAAACAUCGAAAGGGAUAAAAAAUUGGAUGCAGAUUCAAAGUUGGAAACUUUGCAGGAAAUUGAACCCAAGAGCAGAAAUAUUGAGAAUGAAGAUGAGGAUAAAUAUGAAAUUAGCAAAAGAUCUGCUAACCGUAAUGAUUCUCAAGAAAAGAUCGACGGGGAUGUUGGCAAUCAUGAUUUUGGAAAAGUUGAUGAGAAUCUCGCAGAGAUGUCUGAGCUACUGAAAUCUGAAUCUAAAUCUAGGGAAGAACAACUACAACUGAACCAAAAAACAAUUCCCGUAAUCCCAAGAAGACCUGCUAAAAAGGAUCUGCAACUGGAGAAAUCACAGAAAGCUCCUCCUCCACCAAAGCCUAAGAAAUUAUCGAGUAGAAUUGCAGCUUUCCAAGAGCAACUCUUUAGUAAUCCAAAAGCUAGUGACUCAAAUUCAGAUGAGAAACAAUCUGCGGCACCAAGGGUACCACAUUUUCAGAAAUUUCAGGGACAAGGUAUCCCAUUGCCAGGAUUGAUGCGUCCACAAGGCGGUCUACCAUUUGGGAAGCCAACUGCACGAAAUGAAGAAAGGGGAACGGCAAAGGCAAAGGAGGAGGAAGAUAAAGAAGACGAAGAAGGAGCAGGAGGAGGAGGAGGAGGAGGAAGAGAAGAAGAAGAAGAGGUAAAGGCAAGAGCCAUUAAAAGUGUUGCGAGACGUACAGUGGGUCCAAGGGGUAAAAAGUUACCGAAAUCCGUUACUCAAACUAAAAUUGAACGUCUGAAUCCACGGGAACCAGAACUGGGUCUGCUUUGGAAAUGCAAGUUUGUCAAACAGGUUGAAUCAAAUACAUCCGCUGUCAAAGAAGAAUGUCAGAAAAAUGAUGAACAAAUACAUGACGAUAUAAUUGAUCCUAGCCUCAAUAAAGAAGUGAUUAGUAGUAUGGAUGUACCAGAAACAUCACGAGAAAAUCAUGAUGAUCUUGUUGAAGACCCAGUUAACGUUGAAAAGCAAGACGAAGAAAAGGAAGAAGAAAAAGAAGAACAACAACAACAACAAGAACAACAAAAAGAUGAUGAUGAUGAGGAAGAAGAAGGACAACAACGAGAGAAGACAGGAACAGACGACGAUGUUAUCGAAAAUAGCAUUACCAAUACCACCGAUAUACAUACUGAGCAAGAUCCGAGCUUCACACAGUCUGACGACUCUUUGGUCAGUUCCUAA